AUGGAACCCAGAGAUCAUUUUGAUUCAAGUAUUAUGUUUGUUGAUAAUUGUGCUGAAAAAGAAAAUGUAAUAAAAAAUUUGUAUUUGACAGCUUUAACAAAGUCAAUUAAGGAAGUAGAUGAAAAAAAUUACUAUUUAAUUCAAACAUUAAUGAAAUAUGAAAAUGAAAUAAACAGGUGCAUUGAUAUGAGCAAUUACUACAUAAACGAAGCUCAUUCGUCUAAUUUAAAGUCUGAGAAAGUAAGGCGCAAAUUGAGGAUUCAUAUAUAUACCAUUUUUAAAGAUGGGGAAAAAGAAAUAAAUUAUCCUUCUGAUAUAAAAUAUGAAGAUUCAGUAAAUAUCUAUAAAUAUGUUACUCCAUCAUCAUUUACUUUUAAUAUUCAUGGUUAUAUAUUAAACUCAGAUGAAAAUGAUGAUUCAUGUGAUAAAGAAAAAUUAUUUUCCAAAAAAUCUUAUAAUGAACGCAAUUCAGAUGAUUUAGAAAAAAAAUGUAUAGCAGCAAAGGAAAUGGAUAGUGAAAAUUCAUAUAGUGAAAUUGAUGAUAUGUCAGAAAAUAAUGAACAUAUUGAUUAUUACAAUACAAAUGUUAUGAAAUUCACUUCCUUUUUUUCUACUAUAAUGGUUAUAAGAGAUAAAGAAACAAUUAUAUAUGAUAAAAAAAAUAAAAGUUAUUACGAUUGUGAUAAGUUAACUUUUACUCGAAUAAUUAAUGAAAAAAAAAACGAAACAAUUAAGAUAUUUCUUUUUUUAGAUCAAAAAGUUCCUUUUUUUGAACUUUCACCUCAAUUAAAGAAAUUUAUGAAAUCCUCUGAAGAAACAUUGCCAGAAAUAAUAAGGUGCAUUUAUGAAUAUAGUUUAGAAAAAGAUUUAAUUGAUUCAUGUAAUAUGAAAACAGAUGAAGUAUUAAGAGAGAUAUUAGAGGUAGACGAAUAUGAAUUUUCCGAAUUACCUAAACUUUUGAAGAAACAUAUUUCUAUUCAGAAACCAAUAGUUCUAGAACAUACUAUUGAUUUAGAAAACACCGAAGAAUCGGAAAGUAUAUAUGAUAUAGUUAUUGAUACUUUUGAACCUUACGUUUCUUUUGAGGAUGGAAAAUUUAAAAAAUUCCUUCUUAAUUCUCAUCACUUAACUAAUUUAUUAGAAUUUUUAAAAAAUACUGAUAAGGAAGAUAUCACAACUAAUAAUACAUUAAAUGGAGAUACUGUUUAUGAAUAUAACAAUAAAAAUCAUAAUAAUAAUAAUUAUAGUGAUAAAUUAGGUGAAUAUAAAAAACAAAAAAACGAGUUUUCUUCGGUAGAAAAAAGUCAAAUAGAUUAUAAGAAAAUUACAAAUGAAAAUAUUGUCUUGGAAGAAAAUCAAGAAAGUGAGAAUAAAGAUGUAUUAGUAAGAAUUAAAAAUAAUAAUAAUUUAAUAGACAGGGAUAAUGGAAAUGUGGAAAAAGGAGAAAAAGAAGAGAAAAAUAUAAAGGGUGAAGAGGUUGAGAAAGAGGAAAAUAAUGAAAAGUGUUUAAAUGAAUACUUUGAAAAUAGACAUAAUAAGAUGGAAGAUAAAGAAAGUAAAAAAGUAAAUUUAAUAAAAAAUGAAGAAAAAGUUUAUAAUAAAGAUAGGUGUGAAUAUUUUGAUGAAAAUAAAAAAAAUACAAACAUAGCUGCCAUGGGAAUAUCCAUAUUCGAAAAAAUAAAUGGAAUCCAAAAGGAAAUAGAUGAUAUGGAUGAAAAGAUUAUAAAUAUUUUAUGUAAAAUUAAACAUAAAAAUAGUUUAAGAUUACAUUAUAAACAUUUUUAUGAAAAUCCUUGUGAAUUUAUUGAUUAUAUAAUGAAUAGCAAAUUUUCUGUAGAUUAUGAAAAUAUAAAUGAUAAUAAUUAUAUAUAUGAACAAGCAGCUAAUAUUAAUGAUGAUAACUAUUAUAAGCUCCCAUGGGUUCACAGGGGUAUUUCAAAGUAUUUAUUAAUUAAAAACAAAAAUUUUGAUGAUGUUCUUAAAUCUGUUUUAAAUUCUAUGAAUUUAGAAUAUAAAAGAAAAAUGAAAAAUAUGAAUACGGAUACAAAUAAAAAACAAAAAAUGUUUUUAAGAACAGAAAAAAUAGAUCCUCACAAAGGAUAUAUGAAUUAUGCUUGUAAUGGCCAACAAGAAAUAAAUAAUGCAUAUUAUUAUUCCCCUAAUAAAAACAUGAAUUAUACAGAACCUUUUAAUAGUUCAAAUCAAGAUUAUGGUAGUGAAAUGAAUUAUGCAAAUAAUAUGCCUAAUUCCAGUUUUAUGAUUACCCCAAUCGUUUACGACAAAUUAACAAAAAAUAUGAAUUUUCAAAAUAAUAUACAAAAUAAUGAACAAGAUAACUUUAAUUCAUAUAACCAAAUGGGUGCAUAUUCUCAAUAUGUAAAUGUUCCACCUAAUGAAGUAUCUCCUGAAAAUAAUUUUAAUUCAUUCUAUAAUAUGGGGACACCAAUGGAAUUAUAUCAGAAAGAAAAUUUCUGUAAUUCUAAUAAUAUUAUUCCAUAA